GCGCUCGGGUUCGUUAGUAUGCAAAUAUAUGCACAUACAUUUGCAUACCGAUGAGGACGGGCGAGGAGCGGGUCGCACUCAAAAUGGCGGAGCGGGGCGGGCGAGGUAGCGGCGGUCACGGCAGUUUGGACAAGAGCAUCACCCUCCCGCCCGACGAAAUCUUCCGCAACCUAGAGAACGCCAAACGCUUCGCCAUAGACAUCGGUGGUUCAUUAACCAAGUUGGCUUAUUACUCAACUGUGCAGCACAAAGUGGCAAGAGUGAGAUCCUUUGAUCAUUCUGGAAAGGACAUAGAAAAUGAACCUUUGUAUGAAAUAGCUGUUCAGGAAGAGAUUACAGCACGACUUCACUUCAUUAAAUUUGAAAACACUUACAUUGAAACCUGCCUAGAUUUCAUCAAAGAUCAUCUGGUCAAUACAGAGACAAAAGUCAUCAAAGCCACAGGUGGUGGUGCCUAUAAAUUCAAAGAUCUUAUUGAGAAGAAAUUGGGGUUGAAAGUAGAUAAAGAAGAUGUAAUGACCUGCCUAAUUAAAGGAUGCAACUUCGUGCUAAGGAACAUCCCCCAUGAAGUGUUUGCAUACCAGAAAGACUCAGACACGGAGUUCAGGUUCCAGAUGAACCACCCAAAUAUUUUCCCUUAUUUACUGGUGAAUAUUGGCUCUGGGGUUUCUAUAGUGAAGGUAGAAACAGAAGACAAAUUUGAAUGGAUUGGAGGGAGUUCAAUUGGAGGUGGAACCUUCUGGGGUCUUGGAGCAUUGCUCACCAAAACAAAGAAAUUUGAUGAAUUGCUGCAACUGGCUUCAAAGGGGCAGCACACAAAUGUAGACAUGCUGGUGAAAGAUGUCUAUGGAGGUGCCUACCAGACCCUGGGGCUGAGUGGAAAUCUGAUAGCCAGCAGCUUUGGGAAGUCUACUACAGCAGAUAAAGAAUUUUCCAAAGAAGAUAUGGCAAAAAGCUUACUACAUAUGAUCAGCAAUGACAUUGGCCAGCUUGCCUGCCUCUAUGCCAAACUCCAUAACUUGGAUAAAAUAUAUUUUGGAGGAUUCUUUAUUCGUGGCCACCCCGUGACCAUGCGCACAAUAACCUACAGCAUCAACUUCUUCUCCAAGGGAGAGGUUCAGGCAUUGUUCCUGAGACAUGAAGGCUACCUGGGAGCCAUUGGGGCAUUUUUAAAAGGAGCUGAACAAGACAAUCCAAACCAGUAUAGCUGGGGAGAGAAUUAUGCUGGGAGUUCUGGUCUCAUGAGCACAUCCCCUGAUGUUUACCCUAUGCAGAGAACAAGGAGUGGUACAUUUGACAUGCUGGAAAUGGACAGAUUGGAGAGACCCCUGGUUAACCUGCCACUGCUGAAAGACCCAUCAACCUAUAUUCCAGACACUGUUGACCUCACAGAUGAUGCCAUGGCCAGAAAAUACUGGCUGACCUGCUUUGAGGAGGCACUGGAUGGGGUGGCAAAGAGAGCUGCAGCCAGCCAGCCAGACUCUGUGGAUGCUCUGGAGAGAGCUGAGAAAUUCCGACAGAAAUACUGGAAUAAGCUCCAGACACUCAGGCAGCAGCCUUUUGCAUAUGGUACCUUAACUGUCAGAAGUCUUCUGGACACAAGGGAACACUGCUUAAACGAGUUCAAUUUUCCAGAUCCCUACUCCAAGGUAAAGCAGAAAGAGAAUGGCAUAGCCUUAAAAUGCUUCCAAAGUGUAAUCGAGUCUUUGGAUUCUUUGGGCUGGGAGGAGAGGCAGUUUGCUCUGGUGAAAGGACUUCUUGCUGGGAAUGUCUUUGACUGGGGAGCAAAAGCAGUCUCAGAUGUACUGGAAUCUGAGCCACAAUUUGGAUUUGAAGAAGCCAAGUCCAAACUACAAGAACGUCCCUGGUUAGAGGAUUCCUACAGCCAGUGGCUGGAACGACUGAAGGAGGGCCCCCCUCAUAAAUGUGCCUUAAUUUUCGCAGAUAACAGUGGAAUAGACAUAAUUUUAGGAGUCUUUCCUUUUGUCAGAGAGCUCCUUUCCAGAGGGACAGAGGUCAUCCUGGCCUGUAACUCUGGCCCAGCCCUGAACGAUGUCACCUACAGCGAGUCCCUGAUCGUCACGGAGCGGAUAGCAGCCAUGGAUCCAGUCAUUCAAUCUGCACUGAGGGAUGAGAAACUGCUGUUGGUUCAGACAGGUUCCAGUUCUCCCUGUCUAGAUCUAAGCCGCCUGGAUCAGGGUUUGGCCGUGCUGGUGAGGGAGAGGCAGACGGACCUGGUGAUCAUCGAGGGCAUGGGCAGGGCCAUCCACACCAAUUACUACGCGGCUCUGAAGUGCGAGAGCCUCAAGCUGGCGGUGAUCAAGAACUCCUGGCUGGCUGAUCGCCUGGGGGGAAAGAUCUUCAGUGUCAUCUUUAAGUACGAAGUGCCCUGUAAAUGAUAGGGAUCUGGGCAGCUGGGGGAGCAGGAGCAGCAGAAUGGACUUGCACUAGUUUUACUUUAACUGUAAAGAAUGUAUUUUUAUUACAACAGGGGAAAAAAAAAAGAGUUCACAGGAAAUUCCAUAUUUAUAUUGUGCUUUUGUGACUUAAAAAGCAACAAUAUGAUUCACUCUAUAGUAUACACACUCAAAUAUAUAUAUGUAUAUCACUCAUUGUUUAUUUUAGUAAGUGUUUAUUUUAAUGCUGCAGUAUUUGUGAUGAAAAGACUUUAUUUUUUUGUUCUGUGAGACAUUCAUAUAGAAAUAUAUUUAAAUGUCAAUGAAAACCUUUUUUUAUACAUCUCUGCCUACUCUGCCAGCAACAACAUGGCACAUACCAAAUAGUUUUUAAAGUGCCGAGUGGAUCUGACAUUGCAUUUUCCGUGUCAGCUUUUCAACUUACCUACAAUGUUUCCUGCUUGUUGCUGUUAAUUUGAUUGAAAGACUGAGCCACCUCCUAAGCAAGCAAACACUGCUGGAGAUGAGUUUGAAACCGUGGGGAUCUCAGAGCAUGUACCAGCUAAUAAAUGCUCAACACUAUUUACCAGCAGUUGGUAGACUUUGUAGCUUACAGGUGCGGGAGGGGAAUUUUUGCAACUCUACUUUACUUGGCAGUACUUGGAAGCUGAAUUUAAGUUACCCUCAAGUGAACUCUGGUGCUUUCUUCAGGAGCUCCCAGCUCUUUGCCUGUCACAGCCCUGUGAAGUUUCUGUUGCCUUCAGUUAUUGAGUGCUGGGACUGAUAAGAAUUGGUCUCUUGGUUUGUGCAGUUAAAGCCAUUUCCCAGUAACUGAAUUUGCUUUUCUUUCCUCCAUCAGCUGUGCAGAACAUAAAUGGAGUGAUUUAACCAUGAACUUGCCAGCCAGCAUGUUCAUGGAUCAGUCAUUCCAGCUCUGAAAAACAGUUCAGUUAGAAAAUUAUUCAUUAUGCAGCUGAGACAGCUGCUCCUCAUGAAUUUCCAAGAUUUUAUUUUGCGAGCAAGAGCCAUCCUCUGCUGGGAAUAACCCAAAUAAUAACCCCAAAUAAUAACCCAAAGCUAAACAGCAGAACUUCUGCAGUGGGAGGCUGACAAAGGACAAACCUUGGAUUGCUGUAGUCCAGUGGUUUCUCCAUUGCAUGCUCUCCCUUUCUUGGGUUUUAAGCCACCCAGCAGGUGGUUGUCCUGCAUGUGGGGUUCAUGCAACGGUGCUGUCAUUUCUGCUUCAGAAAUGACCUUGACAGUGAUAAGCAGCUUUCUGCUUAGAAGAGGGGAAGAGUAAAGUCAGUUUGCAACUAAGAUGUGUAAGCAGCAGUUGUUCUUGGUUAGAACAGGCAGAUGAGAGCUUUAAUUUUCCAGAUUGUACCUCAUACUGUAAUUAGUAAGCAGAGGCUUCAUAGUAACCUGUCCCAGACCACUUGCUCCUACAGGCAUUCAUGUACUUACACAGUAAACUCCUAAGCUAAAUCUGAAUUCACCAUCUCAGCUUUAUUUUACCAAGUUGUUGACCUUUCUUAUUUUUAAGUUAGACUCCAUCCCUUAUCAGCUCAAAUUCUUUCAAGCCACUUCAUUUUCUUCUGUGUCUAGAUCCAGCACCAGUCCAGAAGUGCUCUCUGUGUGUUUGUAAUUAGAAAACUAACACUCUAGACUUGCAGAAAAACAUCUCUCUACAGUGAUGUAGUUCCUAUGAAAUGUGUAUGGUAUGAACCUAAUACAUGCCCAUUUUUAAGAAAAAAAAAAAUUAAGCAUUAGCCCUC